AUACAUUUGUUUACAUUUUGUUUAAAACGAUUGGCAAGAUGUUUUCUCGAUCACCGUUUAGUGCAUUCAGAUAUCCUUAUCACUCGAUGUUUAGAACAUUUAAAUAUCGUCAUUUUUAUUCACAUCCGAAAGCAUUUUCGUUCUUGAAAAAUUUUUAUUUUGGAAAGCAUUUUUUGAGUACAAUUUACUCCCAAGAAAGGGCAAGUAAUAGGUGCAAUAUUAGGUUGAAAUGUUCUGAGACAAAUUCACAGCUUAAGAAUGAAAUUCAGUCUGAACCUGCUGAGAGGAUUAAAUUUAGUUUUGUUGCUGCUAGUGGAGAAGAAAUUGAAGUUGAAGGAGAAAUAGGAAAGACCAUCUUGUCAGUUGCACAGGACUAUGAUGUUGGUGUGGAUGGUGCAUGUGAAGGACAACUGGCAUGUACAACAUGUCAUGUAUAUGUUGAUGAAAAUUAUGAGCAAGUUUUUCCUGAGGCUGAUAAGAUGGAAGAAGAUAUGCUGGACAUAGCUCAUUUCUUAAAACCAAAUUCUAGGCUGUCAUGUCAGCUAUUUGUAUCUAAAGAAAUAGAAGGUGCAAAGUUUAAAUUACCCCCAGGGACAGCUAAUUUCUAUGUUGAUGGAAAAAAGCCAGCAAAACACUGAAAGAUUUAUAAUAACGUUAACUCUGCAGACUGUGAUGUUUUUCAAUAAAGUUUUAGGGUAACAUAAUGUAUUAUGUAUGUUUUGUUUUAUUAAAAAAUGAAGUAAUUUCA